AUGAGGGAGAGCACCGGGCCCCAAUCUCCGCUGACACCGCAGUCGCUGACGCCCGUCGUCACCGCCGGCUACAGCACCAAGCUAUGGGAUGCCAGGGCCCCCAAGUAUUCCAAGAACGUCAUGAGGAGCGUUUGUAUCUUCCUUCUAGCGCUGACCUUUUGUGAGGAGCUAUCCGGCUACGGCGUCAACCAGUCGCUCAAGAACUUCUUCCAGAAGCUCGAGUGGUCCAACAAAGGCUCCAACUCCAUGAAGCUCACGUACGACUCGCUCAGCCAGUUCGCUUGUAUCGCCGCGGCGUUCAUCGCAGACCAGUUCCUGGGAAAGUACAGGACGCUGCUUGGCGCGACCUCAUUCAGCCCGCUCGGCUUCGUGCUGAUCAUGAUCGCAGCCUUGCCGUCCGUCCUGGAGAACCAAAUGUUGAACAAGGUGCUCUUCUGCGUCGGCCUCUUCCUGGGUAUCGCACUGAAUCAAGUUGGCAUGAGUUCGCUGUUGGUAUCAUUCGGCGGGGAUCAAUACUCUCCCGAUUCACCCCCGGAGCAGCGCGAUUACUUUUUCAGCAUGAAUUUGUUCGCGUCUAACGUGGGAGUUGCCAUCAACUACGCGGUGUUCCCGUCGCUCAUCAUCGCCACUUUCCUGCCCACUCGUUCUCGCUACGUCCAUGUGCCGCCCUCGAAAAGCGCUCUGGCCAGUGUGAUUCACGUGGUCGUCCGCAGCGCCGCACGCAAUUUCCGCGCGAAAAUGAUCGUGCUCGGUACAAUCAUGUACAUAGUAGCCUUCCUGCUUAACAUCGUCGCCGCAUUCAUGUCGGAUGACGGAGAAGUGGGUCAGAACAUCUCGUACGUCUGCGGAGUGUUGAUUGUGGCAGCUACGGUGCUGUGGAUCUAUUACGCACAAGACCCCUCGUUCAUCGACGGCGCAACCGACUCCAAUGAUAUCGAGUUUGACCGCGAACUGAUCGAGGGUGUGAAGCAAGUCAUCCUCAUCUUGCCGUUCAACGCGUUCAACACCUUUUGGUGGGUCUGCCAGAACCAGCGCGGCAACAACCAGACCAUCAUUCAACAAACGGACUACGCUGGCAAGCCUCCCAGCGUGUACGGCAAAGUGGCAGCUGGCUAUGUUGUCGCCAUUAUCUCCAUGGUGUGGACGGGUGUGUUUGAGAUCAUUCGCCGCAAUUCGCCAGUCUUGGUGUACCUGGAUGCAGACGGCGUGACGCAGGUUGUUCUGAACAAAAACGGAGGGGAGCCGAUGAACGACAUCCCCUGGUACGCAGCCAUCCCACAAUAUGUGCUGGUCGCCACAGCAACGGUGCUUAUCCAGAUUCCAACGUACAAUGUGGGGUACGACAAGGUCCCGAUGGGCCUUCGGAGCGUGACCAUCGCACUUGGCCUCUUCAUCAACUCCAUGGGAAGCACGCUGCCGUCGGUGAUCGUGUUGCUCUUCGGCAAGUAUAUCCCCGCGAACUUGAACGAUGGCCACAUGGAGUACAUGUACUUCGCGAUCGCUGCUGUGAUGAUUCUCAAUACUGUCGCGUACGUCGUGGUCAUGCAAAACAUGCAGUUUGGCAUGAUUCCACGGUUGGGGAAGAAUUCCACCGAGGAGGAGGAAGAGAAGGAGGUACCGGCGUCCAAGCUUUCAGUUGAUCGUCGUAGCGUUAACUGA